AUGCUCAACGCAACGCAGGCAGCGACGCGGCUGGACGUUCCAGCGUUUGCCGACUUGACUGACUACGCGACACCCAACACAUUGAUCUCGUACGCCCGCGUCUACGCGCGCCGCAUCCAGUACGAGUCGGGUAGCGAUCUUCCCAUGAUGAUCCAAGGGCUUCGCACCAUGGACGCGUGUCAAGCGCCGUGGAUCGCAACCAGCUACUGCUGGCUCGACUUGGAUCGACACAUUGAGAUGGCCAACUCUCUCGCCCGCCAAAAUCGGUGCAACGCCCAGUACCGCACCAACGGCGCCGUCUACUUGGAGUCGAUUCUUCGAAAUGUCGACUGGCCCACGUUCGAGUCGUGCUGGGGCACGUCGUUUGAGAUUGGAGUCGCGAGAGAUGUACCCUCGCUCAAGCCCAACGGAGCUGCCUGGCUCACCUCACUCACUACUCUCGACCGCCUCUCGGUGGUCGGUGAAGCCAACUUUUGGCACUCGAUGGGUCUCUUGACCUACACGACGCAGUGGCAAAACUUCAAGGCGCUCGGUCUCCGCGAUGUGUUCUCCAUUGAGAAUGCUUUUGGUUUGAGAUAUGACAUGACGCUGCAAUCCAACAAUGGCUCGUACCACAUUCCCAUGUCGACGUCGUGGAAGACGUACUGGACGUUUGCGAGUGACCUCUGGGCGAUAUCAACCAAUGGGUCGGGGAUCGCUGGCAAGUCGCUCUUGCGGCAAAGUCCCCACUUUGCCUUUGCCAAUGCCUCGCUCGCGUCGAUUUUGACCCGAAACAUCACCUUGCAAGCGCCGCUCGACGACGUUCUCAGCGAGUUUCACCAUCGUCUGGGGCCGUUUGGCGCCGUCGACCUCUACCACGUGUCGUUUCCAGCCUCGCUCGCCCAGUUGCAGCGCGACAUCAGGAGCGAACUCUCGACACUCCUGUCCAGCAGCAAAUCCAAUGCCAUGCAAGACGACUACGCCAGCCUCGUGCUCAUGUACUCGAUGAGUCCCGUACCGCGUGUUUUGGAUCGAAGCACGUACCUCUGCGCCGGUGGCAGUCUCUUUUGCGGCCAAAUUCCCUCCAACUUUAACUUUUCCAUUGGCUUGUCGCUGUUUACGGGCGUCGAUACCAUGUGCUACACGAGCUUCAACGAAUGGGUCUUUGUGAAUCAAAUGCAAGCCGUCUUUAGCGUCGUUGCCUCGGGUAUCGCGCUCGACCCAACAAACUUGAUUCCUCUCGCCUGUGCCGCCGAGGUCAUUGCGCCAGCCCAAUGCCUCGCCUUUCUCGCCAGUGUCUCUAAUUUUGUCUCGACCUACUUUCCCACGAGCUCCCUGCAAGCCUAUCGAUCGCGAGCGACAUUUGUCGAAGCGGAUGUGAUCGCGACCUCGGUCGCGCAUGGGGAUGUUCAUUCGGUGGCGAUGCUUUCUACACAGUCGCCCAUGUCCCGCUUUGCCGCCAGCAGUAUCGAGAUGCCCCUCAACGUCGCCACGUACCUCCGAGGUCUCUGCCAGUACGUCUCGUUCGUUUUGGCCGCGAUCGCCUUGGUCGCGGGUUUCUACACGCUAGCGAAUGGCUGCACGAGCGAGGGCUACAACCUCUUUGAAGUCAACCGCGUCGGUGGCUUGACGUGGAUUGGACGUCCGCUGCUCUUGGUUCGGAGUGUCACAGCGCUCUGUAUUCUCAGCACGGCCACGCUCCAGCUCCACAAAAAUGGGAUCACGACGCAAAUGAUUGCGUCGCGAGAGGACGUGUCGUCGGUGGCCAACUACGUCAUCAAGAUCCUCGCAGCGAGCGAGCUCGGCUGGCUCGUCUACAUCUUUGACGACGUAUGCAUGGCGUGGACGCGCCAGUACAGUGCCAGCUACACGGCCAAGACAGCGACGACUGCGUGGCUCGUUGCGGUUGGCUUGAGCUUUACGAGCCCAGUCUCGCACAGUGCAACGAUUCAGCGGUCGUGCGAAAUUGUGGAAAUGGACUUUGAGAUGGUGUGCCACAGCGGCGUCGUCGCGAUCGGGUCGGUCGACCGAUUCCAACUCCUCGUGGGGAUCGCGGUCGGCGGGUCCAUCUUGAUGUACGUGCUGGAUCGAGCGUGGCAUGUGCUGCCACCGCUGAACGAGCGCGACUCGUGCUUGGUGUCGUGCAGCGCCAAGUACCUCUUUGAAAGAAGAGGCUGGGUCUACGACCGCGUCUACUACCUGGACUUUGCGUCUGCCGCCUUGACGGGCCUUCUUGUCUGCACCUUUCAAGGCGACUACUACGUCUUCGACAUCAAGACGUGGAGGAUGCUGGUCAUCCGGCGCAGCGACAUCCAAGCGGCGAUGACGUUGCAUCCGUCGGCGCACCACCUGGCCCGCGCUCUCCCGCUCCUCAGUUCGAGCUAG